AUCGUACGUGUUGGAGUUGCUGUUGUUUUUGUAUUCUUUGUACUCAGUCCUGUAAUUUAAUAGUUCAAAGUCAGUUAUCCUGCCCAGCUACCAUCAGUUGCAGACAAACCAUUAUACCAUGGAAAAUUAACUCAAUAAAAUACAAAACAACAGUAUUAAACUCUGGAUAUGAAUAUUUUAAUUAAAAAUGUUCAUAUUUGGAGUUGCUGUUGUUUUUGUAUUCUUUGUACUCAGUCCUGUAAUUUAAUAGUUCAGGUCAGUUAUCCUGCCCAGCUACCAUCAGUUGCAGACAAACCAUUACACCAUUUUAACUCAAUAAAAUACAAAACAACAGUAUUAAACUCUGGAUAUGAAUAUUUUAAUUAAAAAUGUUCAUAUUUGGAGUUGCUGUUGUUUUUGUAUUCUUUGUACUCAGUCCUGUAAUUUAAUAGUUCAGUUAAUAGUAUUCAGCCGAAUAGAGCGUUUGCACAUGACGUCACAGCCGCCAUGUUGGUGUUCCAAUUAGCCCUAUGAAUUAGCCUAGUCACGCCGCCAUUUUUGGGUAGCUUUUCGCUGCGAGAUAAGUCCACAUAACAGCGACUUUUUAUAAUUUUUUUUGACAAAUAAUGGUAAAUUUGCUAAUUUGUAAAUGAUUAGUUUAUUUUGAAAAAUUACUUUUUACAUUGUUUUAAUUGUCUGCAUUGGUUAACGAGAAUUAGAUGUCACCCAAAAAUGGCGGAUAUUCGUGACCAUUCGUCAUCGUGAGAAGGCUAAUUCAAAAGAAUUUUAAUUACUCUUUUGUCUGGAACACCAACAUGCCCGCCAUGGUUUUUGUUGAGUUGGUCCCUGGGGAAUGAGUGCAAACCACUGAGGUGCAAACGCUCUACAUGUAUGUUCAGCGGAGUUGCCCCCAUCAUCACUCCAGUUCGAUAUGGAGUCCAUCAGUCGUGCAGCUCAGUUCAGACACGAAAAGUCGAAAAACCCGGAUGCCGCGCCUUGGUAUUAUUUGUAUCAUAAGAGGAUGUGAUGUGGUCGUAAAAUAAACGAGGAAAUCUCAACCUUUUUGUUGAGAUAUCUGACGAUAAAAACCCUCCACUGGUUCGUCCUUAUUUUGUUGUCAGAACAGUCCAUAUUUCAAGAUGUCUGGUGGGCGAAUGAGAGAAUAUAAGGUCGUUGUUCUUGGCUCAGGCGGGGUUGGGAAAAGUGCUUUAACAGUUCAAUUUGUCACGGGAAAGUUUGUAGAAAAAUAUGAUCCGACGAUCGAAGAUUUCUACAGAAAAGAAAUCGAAGUUGAUAACAUUCCUUCAGUGUUAGAAAUUCUCGAUACGGCAGGAACGGAACAAUUCGCUUCUAUGAGAGAUUUAUACAUCAAAAAUGGUCAAGGAUUCUUGCUUGUAUUUUCCAUAAUAAACCAGCAAACAUUCCAGGAUUUGAGAGCAAUGCGAGAGCAGAUAUUAAGAGUUAAAAACACAGACUCUGUGCCAAUGAUUCUUGUUGGUAAUAAAUGCGAUAUAUUUGAUGAACGUGAAGUUAAUACGAUCGAAGGAAAAGAUUUAGCUGCUGAAUGGGGUUGUCCGUUUUAUGAGUCAUCUGCCAAAACUAAACAAAAUGUCGACGAAAUAUUCGCUGAAGUUGUUCGACGUAUGAAAACGGCACAAAAUAGUUCAUCUUCUAAGGGUGCAUGUUGUGUUAUUUUAUAAACAUAUUGUACCUAUCAAGAUCUAAUACCUAAAAUGAUAAAAUCUUCAGCUUCCAAUUCUUGCUAUAUUGGCGGCUUGUAUACCAAAGGUUAGAAGUGUAACAAUUAUUUAAUUUUUAUGACUUGUUUAAACAACAAAGACAUUUAGUGCUUUCAAUGACUUAAAUAAUUUGUGUAGUCCAAUCCAGCACUUCAAUAAUGCUUAUACAGAGUGUAAACACUCAGUAGAACUAAAAAGAUGUUGUGGUAUGUAUAUUGAUAUUUACUUUUCCAGUCUAUGGAAUUUGAUAUUUCAAUUUAAAAAUGUUGAAAUAUCAAUAAUGUGUAUACCAAAGGUUAGAAGUGUAACAAUUAUUUAAUUUUUAUGACUUGUUUAAACAACAAAGACAUUUAGUGCUUUCAAUGACUUAAAUAAUUUGUGUAGUCCAAUCCAGCACUUCAAUAAUGCUUAUACAGAGUGUAAACACUCAGUAGAACUAAAAAGAUGUUGUGGUAUGUAUAUUGAUAUUUACUUUUCCAGUCUAUGGAAUUUGAUAUUUCAAUUUAAAAAUGUUGAAAUAUCAAUAAUGUGAAGGGAAGGGUGGGAUAGAGGGGAUGUCUUGGCUGUUGCAGUGGGAAGAGGUUAUUUUGCUGGCCUCAAAGUGACAAAACGUAACCAAGCAACUGUUUUAAUAACACUAUCCCUAUUCCAAACACCAACUCUAAUCCUAACCCCAACCCUAUUCCUAACCUAACCCUACUCCAAGUUUGUUUCUAAACCAAUCUUGAAGAAAUGUCAUUCUGAGGUCAGCGAAAUAGUAUUUUCCGUUGCAGUGUACUGGUAUACCAAUAAUCAUGUGAUCUAGUUGAAAAACAUAGUGACUAUUUGACUGACAGCCAGGCAUGCUUCAAAAAAUACUAAAUGACCACAGUAUACGAUGAGCCUGGCCAUGGUUUGCUGGGAAGCCCACCUGAAUGGGAUGAAUAAUUUCUGUAUUCUUAUGACUGCUUUUAUCCGAUUAUUUUGGUUGUACUUACACAAGCCGCACCUUAAAUAGUGUCUAUUUAGUUCUAUUAAUGUUUAUUUUCGUUUGUGUUUUCCAACAAUUUGUUCAAUACAAUAUGAUUAUAGGUCGAAAUCAACAAAAAAAUGUCCAUCCCGGCCAGGUCAACUUAGCUGAGAUCCCACCUAGAUCAAGGUGAGAUCUCACCUAGCCAGGUUUGCGGCUCUUUUCUAAUAUGAACACAGAUUGAAUUUUAUAUGUGAUAAAAAAGGCAUCCAGGUCUCACCCAGGUGAGUUUCCCAGUUAGCUGAGCUCAUAUGAACCGGCCAUUUACAAGGUUUUUCAGACAACUUGACAGUAGGUAAGGUGUACACCUACCAUGUUCUAGGUGCCGGGUUUGCCUGCUUUGGGUCAGUGCUUUAACAGUCUUUAUAUUUGUCUUGGUAGUUUUACCUGAAACUUGUUUAAAAUUUCUUCCCAACUAGUUUUAACUCAAUAAAAUGCAAAACAACAGUAACUCCGGAUAUGAACAUUUUAAUUGAAAUGUUCAUAUUCAGAGUUGCUGUAGUUUUUGUAUUCUUUGUACUCAGUGGUUCCUGUAAUUUAACAGUUUUAACUCUCUUCAACCUUUGGGAGAUACUGUAGGGCUGGGAUUUGGGGUUCAUUAUUUUAAGAUAACAUUUUAACUAUAGAUGCCAAACUGCUGGCUAUUUAGUAAUUUAGUAUUCUUUGUAAUAUGACCAGUUGUCUAUCAAAUAGUCUUGGGGUUGAAAAACUAUUGAUGUAUCAAAAAUAUUAAAAUAUGUUACAUAUUCUCAAGAUUAAGUGAGCACUUCAGCUUUGAUAUAAUCCUGAAAUUGUGUAACUGACAAUAUGGGCGUCAGCAUCACAAUAGGAAGAUAUUUCGCUGGCCUCAGAGUGACAAAACGUAACAAUGCAACGGUUUUACUAACACUAACCCAACUCCAAACACCAACCCUAACCUAACCCUACUCCAAAUUCGUUUCUAAACCAAUUUUGAAGAAAAAAAUUUUGACGAAAUGUCAGUCUGAGGUCAGCGAAAUAGUUGAUGCCAUCACAAUACACCUGAAAGUAAGUCAUUUUGUUGUUCAAUGCUGCAAUAGCCCAAGCUAUCCCUCAACAUAUGCCACAACAGCAUAAAAUAAAUAUAAUUUAAUAAGUAAUGUUAGUAAUUUAAUGUAGAAUACUAAUAUUAAAUAAUUCAUACUUUAUAUUAAUGUGAUAGUAAUAAACACCAACAGAAAAAUAUUUUAAUAUUGUUGAAAUUAAUAUUGCCUCACGAGCACACGAACUGUACAUUAAUGACCAGUGAUUGCAGUAAUGACCAGUGAUUGCUUCUUAAAAUGUUGAACACUAGAGCUAUGAUCAUCAUUCUCGAGAGUAAAUUCUAUCUCAAGGGGGGAGGGGGUAAAAAAAGGAAACAUGUGUGAUGUGGUGAACCUGUGCAGAUCUUGAUCGAAUCCUAACCAACACCCCUGAAUCUGUUAUCCAAUCGACCUCUUCAGCGGCAAUGAGUGCAAUUCUGUUCUGAUUUUAAUGUCUUUGUGUUUGUCAAGUUAUCUUCAUAUGACACGUGAACAGUUCUAGAUUAGUGUUCAGCAGACCGGGAAGGUUUAAACCAAACCCUUUCUUUGAUCAUUUUUCCGACACUUGAAACACAACCGCACAAGUCUGGCAACGUGUGAUGCUGUCAUCUCCGCUUUGAUUCGACAGUGAAACCCGCCACUUGUUGAACAGAAAAGAAACAGCCAAAAGAAAAGCGAAAAAGAGCUCGUACAUCAACGUCUGGGAAUUACGGAGACCUUCGUCGCUCCUGUAAAACUCUCAUAGUUCUCAUAUCCGCGCGGAAACGAAAAUAAUUUUUCCAGAGUUUGCCUUCCUUAAUGAAAUCCAACACGAAAAGAUUUUGGUCGCCGUGUUCUUAAAUCUGUGUGACUGUAUCGAAAAGAUCCAGUGUACCGAGUGAAGUGAUCUGGGAACGUGAUAAAGUAACUGUAAUUUAUUCUUCUGAUGCAUGGAAAAGAGUAGAUGAAUUAUGAUAUUCUGAACAUAAGUCAUAACUCAUCCAGUCGUUUACAUCCAUCAGAUGAAGAAAACCGCAGCAAAAAUUGCAAGUGCAUGUAAACGGGCUUUUACGCAUCUACUUCUAUUCUAUGUUCAAUCCGCCUGAAGAAUAUAAUGAACUACCGCCUGCUGUGAUCCUAUAAGUGAUUUAAUUUGUGAUGUAGUGAGUACACUACUACAAACAGUACAAAGCUGCUGGACCAGACAUUUCCUCUUCGCUUGGUGAUGAGCACUGGCAGAUUCCCAGCGGAAUGGAAGAUAAUACCUAUUCUUAAAAAUCUAUUCCUAAUAGUGGUCAAAGCAACGAAAUCUCAAAUUAUCGACCCAUACUUCCCAUGGUGUCGAUAGUCUUUGAGCGAACUGAUCAACCAUGUGUAAAGUCAAAUGCAUAACCUCCAAUUUGGAUACUGCAAAUUCUACACUAGAUUGGUGAGUCUCUCGACGAAAGAAUUCAAAACUGAUAUCCUUUAUAUUGAUUUCGCUAAAGCGUUUAAAGGUGUUUCGCAAGGUUUAAAUAUUGGUCCUCUAUUGUUUCUUAUGUAUGUGAACGAGCUACUUCAAAAUAUCAUAUAUUUAUUUGGUAUCGUUUGUGUACUGUUUGCUGAUGACAACAAGUGUUAUCGUACAGUAAGGACAAAAGAGGACGUCCAAUAUCUCCAAUGCUAUCUUGAAUAUGACCCUACCCAGUCUGAAUGGUCAUCUUGUGGUGACAAGAAAUGUGAAUUCCGUGUCCUACCACAUGACGAACAUAUGCAAGAAGAUCUCAGCAUACUGAUAACUCCGGAGUUCUUUAUAAGACGUUUAAUACUUCACGUUA